AUGGCCCAACCGGUGUCUCUUGUUCAUUUUAGUGGUCACAAUCAUCUCAGAAAUCGCCUGGUCUUGUCCAUACUCAGCGGAAAAUACGUUCGCAUUGACAAGAUACGCUCCGAGGACAAAAAUCCGGGUUUGAGAGACUAUGAGAUCAGCCUUCUGCGUUUGUUGGAGAAGUUUACAAAUGGGACGGUCAUUGAGAUCUCGGUGACAGGCACUGCCAUUCUGCUCAAACCAGGUAUCAUCUUAGGAGGCACACUGCAGCAUGAAUGUCCGACAUCUAGGGCAAUUGGAUACUUUCUUGAACCUCUCAUCAUGUUGGCUCCAUUCGCGAAGAAACCAGUAAACGUCACUUUAAAAGGCAUCACGACUGAUGAACAUGACUUUUCGGCAUAUAUUCUACGCACAGUCACACUCCCUCAUUUGCAAUUAUUCGGAAUAUCCCAAGGACUGGAAUUGAGGAUUAAAAAACGUGGUGCUGCACCAGGUGGUGGUGGAGAGGUGCAAUUCAUGUGUCCUAUCGUCAAGCAGGUAAAGACCAUCAACUUUAUAGACCCUGGUAAAAUCAAGCGUAUUCGUGGUGUUGCCCAUGCUGUUCGCGUGAACCCACAAUUCUCCAACCGUAUGAUCGAAGCUUCACGCUCAAUACUAAACCGUUAUAUCCCUGAUAUAUAUCUGUAUUCUGAUGUUUACAAAGGCGAUGAAAGUGGAAAAUCACCAGGAUAUGCUUUGACAUUACUUGCCGAGUCAACCACAUCCGCCAUCUACUGUUCUGAAGCAAUAUCUGAGGCAGGCGUGGCCCCAGAAGACAUCGGACUGAAGGCAACUCGAGCACUCCUGACUGAAAUUGAGAAAGGAGGCUGCGUCGAUGAAAAACAUCAGACCCUUGUGCUUCUGAUGAUGGUACUUGGAAGUGAAGAUGUGGGACGAUGUCGAAUGGGCGAGCCAACAAACAAGACGAUUCAAUUCCUUCGCGAUAUCCGAAGUUUCUUUGCAACAUCUUUCAAAAUCGUUUCUGCGGAUCCAUCGGAUCCUGAAUGUUCCCAGUUGGUGUAUUCAUGCUACGGCACAGGCUAUGUCAACGCCAACCGCACUCUGGCAUGA